AAUGAAAGUUUUUACAAAUUGUAUUAUGGAUGCUGAAAUGACUUUACUAGGGCAAAAAUUUUUAAAAAUUGGUUUAACUAUUAAAACAAUUUUACUAGAACAGGAAUUUUUAAAAAUUGUCUUAAUUGCUAAAACGAUUAUACUAGGGCAGAAAUUUUUAAAAAUUGUCUUGGCUGCUAAAACAACUUUACUAGAGUAG